GGAGGUUGGCAGUUCGUAUUGGUGGUGGUGGUGGUAAAUGUGUAGUGGUGGGAGGAAGUAGGACGGAGUGAGUUAACAAAGGCAAGAGAAAGAGUAAGAGAGAGAGAGAGAGAUAGAAACCACGGGGACGGGAGAGAACAGUAGACGCAGGGAGCGAAAGAGAAAGAAGCUUUGAAUGGAGGGGAGUGAGAAAGAGAUACAGUGAAGAAGAGAGGGAGAGAGAGAAGACGAAGCAGUAGCGCGCGCCGGCUAGCCAGCCAAGCCAGCCAGCCAGCCAGCCAGCCAGCCAGCCAGCCAGCAAGCAGCAGCAGCAACAGCAGCGCCUUCCGAAUCUCAUCCCGCACGGUCCUCGGGGCCUUCAGUCAGUCAGCCGACGCUCCGAGACGCGCUGAUUAUUCCCAUUGUAUGCUUACCGUCACCGUCGCCGCCGCCGCCACCGCCGCCGCCGCCGUUGUCGUCGAAGAGGGGGAGUGUCUCUCUCUUUCUCUCUCUCUCCCUCCUCGAAUUCGCUACAUCGACGUCGGUCUCUCUCUUUCUAUCUCUCUCUCUUCUCUCUCUCUUUCUCUCUCUCUCUUUCUUUAUACUACUGUCUCUCUGCAUACACCUCUCUUUCUCUUUCUCUCUUUCUUUCUCUUUCUCGCUCACUCCACAAGCAGCAAAGCAGUAGAGUCGCGACCUCCCUCUCGCUCCCGGCCGGCCUUUCCGGUACUACGAGACCGGCGCUCUAGCGAGGUUACACGGCGCCUCGUUGCCCGCGGCAGUGGUACGUGGACCGGAGGAGUGUCGCUAGCACGACGACGCCGCGAGCGGACGCGUCACGCUAACCGCGCGCGAUCCUGUGGAUCGCCGAAAGGAUCUAAAAGGAUCCCCACGCGAUAGAAAGUGUAUUAUACCUAUCGAUGUAAACGUGAUCGAUCUUACUCCAACUCGUCCAGUGACAGUGUUUUGUUCUUUAGUAAUAAUAAUUCUUCCUUCUCCUCCUUCUCUUCCUCUUCCUACUCCUCUUCUCUUUUCUCUCUCUCUCUCUCUCUCUCUUUUUCUUUUUUUAAAUUCUCUGAUCUUGAGAGAAUACUCUUUUCGAUCGGUGUUGUAAUAUUUAUACGAAGACUUCGUAGUCCGUCGACAACGAAUCUUUGAGGAACGAAAACAUUCUGCUACUCUGUGAGGAAUCAUGACCUAGGCCUGAUCUCUUGGUGUUGGUUCGGUGGCUGCCGGUUAUAUCGAAUCAGUUCGUUGCUGUAUUAUAUCGUCUUCGAAGAGACAGAUCAAACAGAAACGAGCACGACGGAAUCGUCCUAUCGUCAUCUUCAUCAUCUUCAUCGUCAUCUUCUUUUAUAUCGCCGUCAUCGUUAUCCUACUUCAUUGUCGGCAGUGUCGAGUUUGUGCAGGUGUGCGUUUUGUUUGAUACGUGACAAGUGUCGCUACACCGUCGUCGACGUGCCGAACGCGAUACCGACGCACGGGCAGAAUGAUAUGAGUACGUUUGGCAGACCGAGAAUGUCCUCAAAGAGGAAGUCGCCACCAACGAAGCUAUCGGAGGGCGGGGGCGGUGCGGGUACAGUGUCGAGCGGAGGCAACGAGGAAGAGGAGGACACGGGCUCUUCGGUGGUGACUGCCGCUGCUGUGGGAGGAGGUGGUGGUGGUGGUAGUAAUAGUGGUGCAGCCACCACUGCUACCACUGUUCCUGGUGGUGGUGGUGGCGGCAACGGAGAAGAGAACGCUGCCUUGGAGGCGUCGGUCCCUGCGACUGUCCCUGUGACGAACGAAGAGGGUCGUAUUUUGGACGUCGAAGAGUGUUACUCUCAACAGAGAGGAGGAGGCCAGGAGUGCGAGUCCUCCGGGUGUUCCUCGCCGGCGACGACGAGCGAACCGGAUCUUCGAGACUCGCCUUCACCUUCCUCGAAUUCCAUUCGUGCUGCCAAAAGGCAGAGGCUCCUUUUCCUUUCGAAUCAAGAAAACGCGAGUUCCCUGUCUUCUACAGGCCCCUAUCAUCAUCCUCAUCAUCAUCAUCACCAUCACCAUCACCACCAUCAUCAUCACCAUCGAGCGAAUACGACUUCCUCCUCGGCAUCAUCCUUAACAGGCCUUCACGAGGCUGCUAGUUCCUCCGAGUGUGGUUCGCCACCUACUCUUCUCAACGUCGACUCUUAUUAUCAACCACAUCACAACGAUAAUAACAACACCGUUACCCAAAAUAAUAAUCACAGUAACAACGGCACCGGCAUCACCACCACCGCGACUACUACCGUUGCUAGUAAAAGAUCCAUGGACGACGUUCUCAAGAGGCUAACCUGUAAGAUGAACAGCGAGUCUCUUUCCCUUCAGGACGAUGUCACGGAUAACAGGCGGAGUGCCACGCCCCCAACUGGACACAAUUCGCAUAGCGGAAACGCCGGUAACGUGGCGAACAACGUGCCUCCUUCGCCCCCAGCUGCAAGCAGGAUACAAAACACGGAAGGACAGGUUCAACAGGACGGUGCAGCGGCCCUUCAUAGGGUCCUCUGCGCCGAGAGCAUCGUUGAGAAAGAACGCAGGCUCUCCGAGAUGAUCCUGCAGCUGCAACUCCUCAGGGAACAACUGCUCCAGCAGCAGGACCAGAAGACGUAUCCACCACACAUGAGCGUAGACUCGCAAAAGCAAAUGGAAAUGCAACGGCUGCAGACGGAGCACUUGAAACGGCAACAAGAACACAUCAUGCAGCAUAACAUCCAGGAGCUGCAGGCACAAAUGACAAAGAGUCAGCUGAGCAUGUCGGGGCCGCAAUCGUUGAUGUUCCUACCGUUUCUCGAACAACUCAGGCUACCGGUCCAGUCGACGAUGCCACCACCGCCGGCCACGUCGACCGCGCCCACUGGCAACAAGCAUAUCAACUCCAUCGCCAAUAUGAUCGGUAGUCAUCGAGAAGGUCCAAGCUGGGCGACGGCACAUUUGGCUCAGAUGACGACGCAAAUGGAGAAAGAGUCGUCACCUACGCCAAUCUCAUCGGCGGUGGCACCAACGGCGACUCCUUUACAGGAUCUCGAUGCCCCAUUAAACCUCACCAAGCCGAAAUCUUCCUCGUCGGGUGCGACAGCGUCUUCCUCGUCGCCUGGAAGCGAUUCGCAUUCGACCGGUGCUGGAAGUAGCGGUCAACAGGAACAACCUUUGGCUGCGACAGCACCAAAACUUUUUCCUCCUGGACUUCCAAUACCCAGGAAUUACCUAUCGACGUUACCCUACGCCGGUCUUCCACCACAUCUUAGUUCCCUACCUUCGCCUAUGGGCAAGGUAAUGGCCAAAGACGAACCUGGUGGACCUGGAGGUUCCGUUGCGGCUGCGGCGGUUGCCGCCGUGGAGAAGCACUUUGCGAUGCACGGAAUUUAUGGGCUACCACCAAGCGCGGGUGCGAUGCCACCCUCGCCUCAAACGCAACGACCGAUCAAACACUCUGGCUCUCGAGAGGACACGCCGCAAGAGGAGCAAGAUUUCCUCUCGUCUUCUCACAUGUGGCGAGACCCCGGAUACAAGGUGCCGGAAGACAUAACGGAAAAAGGGCUUCUUCUUUCCUCAGCUAAAAUGGUGAGGCAGCAGAAAAGGGAGGGUGAGAACAAACCGCACAUAAAACGACCUAUGAACGCGUUCAUGGUAUGGGCCAAGGAUGAGCGACGGAAAAUCCUGAAGGCCUGCCCUGACAUGCACAAUUCCAACAUAUCAAAAAUACUCGGUGCCCGAUGGAAGGGGAUGUCGAAUUCGGAAAAGCAACCAUAUUACGAGGAACAAUCACGAUUGUCGAAGUUGCAUAUGGAGAAGCACCCGGACUACAGGUACAGGCCACGACCGAAACGGACGUGUAUAGUGGACGGGAAGAAGAUGCGCAUAUCCGAGUACAAGUCGCUGAUGCGGCAACGACGGCAAGAGAUGAGGCAGCUUUGGUGUCGAGAAGGUGGUCCAGAGAUGAGCUUUCUGUCACCGGUCGGUUCGGAGCUGAGCUCACAGCAUCAUGCCGGAGGUGGAGGUGGUGGUGGUGGUGGUGGAGGUGGUGGACCUGGUGGAGGAGCGGGUCCAUCGGCGAGACCAUCGGUUUCGCCACCAGCGACGAUUUUGAACGGCGGUGGUGGUGGUGUCGGUGGUGUCGGUGGUGCUGGCCCAAGCUCCGAUCACCCAUCCUUUUAUUACCCUCAGGACAGUCUUUCGCCUACGGACAUGAUGAACUUCUCACCGGAUAAUUCGGGCUCGAUCGGUGGCUAUGACGCCAGUCCACGGCAUCACGACGAAGAUUGAAACGUAGCUGCUCCGGUUGGCCAAGCCCUUUGGCCACCCGGAGCAACGGCGUUACCUUCGUCCUCGACCCCCACCAGCUCGUCCUCCUCGUCCUCGGCGUAUCCAGCGGUUGCAGCCGCAGCCGCGGCUGCCGCGGCGGCGGUCGCAGCUUCGUCCACCUCGUCAUCUUGCUCGCCCUCCUCCAGACUUGGCCACGAGUUGUAUUGGUAACCAAAGCUGCGCCCGCGCACUCCUCCUCCUCUUCCUCCUCCUAUUCGUCCUACUCAUCCUCCUCCUCUUCCUCCUCCCACGCACACGAAGCGCACUCGAGGAAACACCACGCUCGACCAUCAUCCUUCGUCUCUUCUCGCGCUUCUUCUUCUUCUUACUCUUAUUCUUUUAAUAUUUCUUCUUCUUAUUCCUACUUUUCUUCUCUAAAGAAAGAGAGAGCAAGGAAGAGAGAGCAAGGAAGAGAAGGGGGGGAGAGAGAGAGAGAGAGAGAGAGAGAGAGGGAAUUAAUGAAAAAGAAGAAGGAAGUCAAAUUCUCUCUCGAUUUUUCGACACUUGUGAUACGAAUAAUCUUUUUUCUUUUUCUAUCCGUGCCAUCAUCUUUCGUUUAUCAAUUUUCUUUUAACUGUCUCUUCGCUGCCGCAUCAUCCUCAUAUAAAUCAAAAGUUUCGAUAAGAAGAAAAAGGAAAGCGAGAUUUUUAUCAUUGUAAAUUAUGAACGUUGUCGUCGGAUUUCUUUUAUCUUCUUCUUCU